AUGUCGAUCCUGUGGGAGAAGAGCCGGGCGUGGCGGUGGCUGGUGGGGCGGACGCGGGACUCCAAGCCCUUCUUCUUCACCUUCGCGGCGCUCUGCGGCGUCGUCCCCGGCGUCGUCGGCUACGGCGUCAUGCAGCUCACCAGCUCCCGCAACGACAAACUCGAGGCCCACCUCCGCUCCAACGCCCGACCGGAGACCACGUGGCUGCCAGUGUCAAUACUGGAGCACAGCUCAACCCGAUUCCUAACCCUCUUUGUCUUUGUCGUCCCGGUCAUCCUCUGCCUGGACUCACGCGCCAUUUCUGCCAACAGAACGUUGCAGCUGCCUUCUCUGAUAUUGCCAACCAAUACAUCUCCACAGCACUUGCAUAUUGAGCUAAAUGAGCCUUACAGCUAUUGCAUUUAUGAUUUCGUUUCCACUAACUUUGAACACUCAAUGAAACAGAUGAUGGGGCAAGUCAACAGGGAGAGACUGGCAGAGUUUCUCGGAGAGAUACAAAGGAAGGAGAACACAAAUGACAGAUACGUUGCUGCUCUUAAAGGCGAGACGCUGACAAGGAAGCGCUAUGAACGUAUCCAGCCCGUCCCCCAGCAGGCUGCACAGGAGAAUGCGAAGGACCAGCAAGCUACCAAGGAGAGCGCCAAGGCAAAGUGA